AUGGGAAAGACACCGGAAAAGAAGUCAUCGGGCAAAAAGGCACCCUUCGGCACGACCAAGGGCGCCUUCGGCAAGGAAGGAAAGGGGGGUAAGGGCAGAGGAGGUAGACCACUGGGUAAAAUGGAGUGCGGACAGGAGAAGACGAAAAGAGGGGGCGAGGCGGUGUUCGAUGACAAGAUCCGCAAGGAGUGGGUAACCGGGUACAGCAAACGGAAGACGCAGCGUAGGAAGUUCGCCAUCAAGCAGGCUGAGGAAAAGGCGCGGAAGGAGAGGCUUCAGGAAAGGAAGGAGCGCCGUGAGGAGAUGCGACGGAACCUUGGACUGGACAAGCAGAACGACGAGGAAGAGGAGAAGGUCGUCGGCAAGGUGGACACCGAGGUUGUGGAGUACGGCAGCGGGGUGACGGUGACCGUGGAGGGUCUCGACUGA